AGCGGAUCUUUGACAUGUCCUUUGGGGGGAAGGUCGUCGCGUUCACGGGCAAGCUCGAGACAUGCACGCGCGCGGAAGCAGCGACGAUGGUAAAGGACGCGAGCGGUGCUGUCUCGUCUUGCGUGACGAAGAAGACGACGCAUUUGGUCGUGGGCGGUGACGGCAAAGUUGACAAGGCAGCACCGGGAGUUGUGAUUUGGACAGAGGCAGAGUUCAUGGCGGCGUUGUCAUCCAGCACAGACGAGACAGAGGAACCUGCACCACUCAUCCCUGUGACGGUCAAAAGCGACGCGACGACAUCUAAAUUGUUGGAGGGAAAGGUAGUCGCGUUCAUGGGAAAACUCGCGACGUAUACGCGAGCAGAAGCGGCGUCCAAGGUCAAAGCUGCCGGUGGAGAGGUGUCUUCCAGCGUGACGAAAAAGACAACGCACUUGGUUUCGACGGAAAAUCAUAAGGCGGUACCCGGGGUGGUGGUGUGGACUGAAGCGCAGUUCACGGCGGCGCUUGCACCUGGCGACGCGGGAGCAGGACCUGCAUCACCGAUUGCCACCGAUGUGAAAAAGGAAACAUCAUCAUCUCCAGCAAUUGGCAAAGGGAAAAAACGUAUGGCGUCUGCGGACGCGCCGGCGACGCCCGUGAAGAAAGCCAAGGUCAAACACAGUGCCGAGUUGCCUGUCGAGUCGCCCAUUCGCAUCACGACUCGAAAACCCGACAAGCACUUGGCAUCGCGGGAUCAAUUCACAAUUGUCAACGACUUCACGGCGGAUUUGAUGCAAACCAACAUUGGCGAGAACAACAACAAGUUUUACAUCAUUCAACUGCUCCAGUCCACGCCAUCCCGCUACCUCGUGUUCACGCGAUGGGGGCGGCUCGGCGACGUGGGGCAGCAGCAGCUUGUCGAUUGUGGCGAUAGCCUUGACAAAGCAGUGCAGCUUUUUGAAAAGAAGUUCAAGGACAAAACCAAGAACAACUGGUGUAAUCGGUACGCAUUCGUCAAACGGGACUUUCAAUAUCAGUUGGUUGAGCUCGAUGCGUCCGAGUCGGGGGACGGCGGCGGUGGCGGGGACGCGGCCAUGGGCAAGUUGUCGGCUGCCCAGAUCGAGAAAGGCCAGGCAGUGCUGGAGAAACUCAAAACUGCCAUUCAACAAGAUCCCAAUGCCGUGACAGCUCUGUCUGGCGAAUACUACUCGCUCAUCCCGACUCUGAGCGGCCGCCAGCGGCCGCCCCCGCUCACCACGAUGGAACGGAUUGAAGAAAAGGCGGCUUUGCUUGACUUUUGGCUUCGGAUGGGAUUUGACGACAUGGGAGAGCAAUCGGGCGUGGCUCCAAUUCAAGGCAUCAUGGACUUGCCAUUGCCAACGAGUCUGUUGGCUGCGUCGUCUGGCAUCACUACUGGUACUCUAUCAAACAUGGUCGUCAUGGCUAAUUCUUGCUGGACGACCGUAUCAGCCGCCGCGAUCAAGCAGAGCCAGUCUCGAGGGGCAGAGCUGGCCAAGAGCAACGCAGGAUCGCCGACAGGUCCCAUGAACAAGGUCAUCCCGUUGACGCUGGAUGUCCCGGGUUGA